AUGAAUAAUUACUCCACUGCUGCAGUGAUAGACAAUGGCUCUUCAGUGCUGAAGGCUGGCUUGGCGGGGAACAGGGAGCCACAGUUCAUCUAUGCCAACAUAGUAGGCAGAGCCAAGGGCAAACCCGGGGCCUCAGAAAGCUCACCGAGGGAUCUGUUUGUGGGUGAGGAAGCACAGGCCAAGAGAUGUUCCCUCUCCAUCAGCUAUCCAGUGGAACGGGGCCUGAUCACCUCCUGGGCAGACAUGGAGGCCAUGUGGAGAAAUGUCUAUGAGAAUAACUUGAAAAUGAAGUCCCAUGAGAGUCCAGUCAUGCUCACAGAGCCAGCGUUCAACCCUCUGGCUAACAGGGAAAAGAUGACCGAGUUAUUCUUUGAGAAUUUUGAGGUUCCGGCCCUGUAUGUCUCUAUCCAGCCUGUCUUGGCCCUCUUUGCCUCAGGCUAUACCACAGGAUACGUGCUGGAUUCAGGUGCUGGGGUAUCCCAGUGUGUGCCCAUCUUUGAAGGCUAUUGCCUACCUCACGGUGUCCUUCGGCUGGAUCUGGCUGGGCGAGAUCUCACUGACUACCUUAUUAAACUCCUCCAAGACCAUGGCAUUUUGCUGCUUAGCCAAUCCGACAAAAAGGUUGUCAAAAACAUCAAAGAGAAUUACUGUUACGUGGCUGCCAACUUUGAAGACGAAACAACCAAGAAUCCUGCUGUGUUAGAGAAAACUUACAAACUGCCCGACGGAAAGACCAUCAAACUCCAUGAUGAAAUGUUCCGCUGCCCAGAGAGCCUUUUUCUUCCGGGGCACCUGAAUCUGGAGGCCCCUGGCAUUGACAAACUCUGUUACAGCAGUAUAAUGAAGUGUGACAUGGACCUAAGGAACUCCUUCUUCUCCAAUAUUGUCCUUGCUGGGGGAUCAACCUGUUUCCCUGGUUUAGACAAGAGACUAGUAAAAGAAUUGGCUCUCAUGGUACCUGCCAACACUUCUGUGAGGGUUUCUGCUCCGCCAGACAGGAAAGUAUCUGGGUGGAUGGGAGGGUCUAUCCUUGCUUCCCUGCCAGCCUUUCAAGACAUGUGGAUCACUACUGCAGAAUUUAAAGAGGUUGGAGCCAACAUUAUACAUCAACGAUGCUUCUGA